AAGGCAGAACGUGGUGAAAUCCAACACCAGCAGCUGGUAAGUAGGAGUUGUGUCGUCCCAUCAGUGCAAGUCAAGGCACAUAGCGCAAACCACCGCCUGGAGGUAAAGCCGCAGCGCGCAACCAGUGCAGAAGAAGCCUCUCAAAGGUGUCUGAUGCUCCGUGGAAGCCAGGUGAUCACCUCGACAACCCGAACCGCUAAAUGAGUGCGUGAAACCGGCGUGCCUCUUCAGUUUGGAUCUAGAACCACUCCGUGUCUGUGCGCCCUCCGGAGCGCAUUGGUGCAACAGAAUCAGAGAUCUCUCCUGCGGACUACAAGAACCAUGAAGAAUCUCUGAGGUGGCAGUAACAUUACUCCCCUCGUCCUUCUUUAAGCUUCUCUCGGCUGCUCCCAAAGGGUUCGCCCAUGAGCAGGUAUCCUUUGGAGUGUGAUUCUAUUUUCACCCAGAUUUCUGCUGCCUGGACAAAUGCAUACAAAUGCAUUUAGGAGCUCAACGGACAAGGAGUGGACACGUUUCCGCGGCAGCAACGUGGAACUUUCUUCUGCUCCUGUCAGUAUGCUCUGCAGUACAUUCUGGAGAAGACGACUAUCUAACUCAAGGAGUGGAUAUCCUCUAUCAGCUUGGGCUCACAGUUCAGAGUACCACAGACAAUCCAUACGAAAAAACUGCCUCACCUCCAACCACAUAUACCACUGUUCCCUCACCAAUAAAUCUCCCAUUUCCUGGACAUGGGGUAAUACUACACUCAAACUCUCUUUAUGAGGCUUCGGCGGGCAGUCUCUUUCCUCCAGAAUUUGGCGAGGAGUUUUCUGUUAUUAUAAGCGUAAGCUCCUGGCGAGCAAACAACGCUUUUAUUUUCAGUGUCACAGAUGGAAGGGGCGGGUUGCGCUUUGGCGUUCAGCUGCUGCCGCGCAGAGUGGCGGUCUAUACAGCUGAGAAGGCCUCCAUCUACUUUACCUACAACUGGCAUGAUGGGCGCCAGCGUCCUUUUGCUAUUGCCGUUCGGGCACACUCAGUGUCCUUCUAUGCAGAUUGUGGAGCGGUACCCCAGCGGGAGCAAACCCUGGGGAGGUCUCAGACACUUAGAAAUUCUGGUGGUGUCUUCACUUUGGGGAGGAUGAACUCCAAAGCUGUACCCUUCAAUGGUCGAGUCUGCCAACUCGAUAUAUAUCCCUCCACCCAAGCUGCUGCACACUAUUGCAACUAUCUUAGAAAACAGUGCCGGCUGGCCGACACUUACCGGUCGUCUUUGUCAAAUCGUGGUUUGACAUUUGAGGCAAAAUAUAUCCCAUCUACAACAGCAGAUACUCAUCAGAUGGCAACUCUGACCCCUGACAGUGUGUUCAAACAUUAUUCAACCUCAAGCCCAUUACCAGAAGCUCACAUGGAGGACCAGAGCCAAGUUUAUGCAAUUAAACCCCUUGUGAAAUCUACAUCCUCAAUUCAUGCUGACUACUCCAAUUUAGCUACUCACAGUGGGCACGCUACGCUGGAUUUCACCCAAAGCACAGUAACUGCAACCACGACCCAAAACAUGUCGGCUAAACGACAAAGACUCCAAGGGGAGACUGAUCAGUUUGAGAACAGCACCGAGGACGAGAGUGACUCUGGGGGCCAGCAGCCCACUGAUUCCACUCCAGGCUUGAUAUCUCCAGAGAAGCAAAGUCAUGUGAAGGAAGGACUCAGGAACAAUUCGGCAACCGACUCCAGGUACUCAUCCUUUGGGCCCCAAGAGAAUCAGCGCUUCGUGGAUACUCAUCCAAUGGCUUAUGGUACCACUUUGUACCGUGAAAAUCAAGUGGACUCCUCAGAGCAGCAUGAACUGGAUGGCAGCUAUGAUGAUAUGGACGUGGGUGUGUAUGAUUAUGGUUAUGAAGAGCCAGACCUCUUGUAUGACUACGAAGAUGGCUUACGUGGCCCCAAAGGAGAGCCAGGCCCUCAGGGUCCUCCUGGUCCCCCUGGUUUACCUGGUCCUCAAGGAGCAAGAGGCUCUCGGGGUCCCGAUGGUCCUAAUGGAAAACCUGGACCAGCAGGACCACCUGGAACCAAGGGUGCAAAAGGAGACCCAGGGCUGUCUCCGGGUCAAGCUCCACCAGGAGAAAAGGGUGAUAAAGGUCCGCCAGGUCUGCCCGGUCCUGAUGGAUUUCCAGGUCCGCUGGGUCCUAAAGGUUAUCCAGGACCAUCUGGACUGCAAGGAGAACAAGGCGUACCAGGACUUCCUGGGGAAGCCGGGGCUGCAGGUUACCCUGGCAGGCAGGGUGCUGCCGGGCCAGAAGGUAACCCGGGGCCUAAAGGGGUUCGUGGUUUCAUUGGACUUCCUGGUAUUCCUGGACCAAUAGGACUGGAGGGAGAAAGAGGCAUACCUGGUCCUCCUGGAAAACCUGGUCCCAAAGGAAGACCCGGUGUGGUGGGUGAUGUUGGUGAAAGGGGGCCGACUGGUCCUGAUGGGAACGAGGGGCCUGUUGGUGGGAUUGGUAUUGGCGGCUUUCCGGGCCUGAGGGGGGACCUUGGCGCUGAGGGGCCUCGAGGAAUGCCUGGUUUGGUUGGACCGAAGGGACCAGCAGGACGAGCUGGCCUGCCUGGAUUGAAAGGUGAUAAGGGAGAAGUGGGACAACGGGGCGAAUCGGGAGAGAUGGGUUACCAAGGCGAUAAGGGUCUUCCUGGUGCAGCUGGUCCUCCUGGUCCAAGAGGAAAACCUGGACCACCGGGUAGAAUUGGAGAUAUGGGGAUUCAAGGACCACCUGGACCACCAGGACCAGAGGGUUUUCCUGGAGACAUAGGAGUACCUGGGCCUAACGGACCUCCCGGACCAAAGGGUUUGCAAGGUGCCAGAGGGAUCCAAGGUCCGCCUGGGCCAAUAGGAACACAGGGCGAAGAAGGCCCUCUUGGCCCACCUGGCAAUGCCGGCCCAACUGGAAGGCCAGGAAGGAAAGGUUACAUCGGUGAACCGGGUCCAGAUGGUGUGUUGGGAGAGAAAGGGGACAUUGGGAAUGUUGGAAAAGUCGGACCACAAGGUCCUGUUGGCCUGAUCGGGAUAGCUGGUGUGAUAGGAGUUCCUGGUGAAAAGGGUGACAGAGGGCCGACUGGUCCAACGGGCCCAGCAGGAGAGAAAGGGCCGAGAGGGUAUCCAGGGUUGCCUGGGAGUCCCGGGGACAUCGGCAUGCAAGGUCCAACUGGUCCGAUGGGGCAAAGUGGGAAUCCUGGGAGUUCUGGUCCAAAGGGUCGUAGGGGGCCUCAAGGUCCUGAUGGCCUACUGGGAGAACCGGGACCUGAAGGUACCAAGGGUGAAAGAGGUGACACUGGGACAAAAGGAGAACCCGGAUUCAUAGGCAAAGUUGGCAUUCCAGGGGAGAGAGGCCUACCUGGGAAGCCUGGUAAACCAGGUAUUCCAGGAAGUCCUGGGGAGAGGGGCCCCCAUGGUGAGGGUGGACCCAGAGGGCCUCUUGGAGAGGCAGGACCCGAUGGAGAGCAAGGGCUUGAAGGUGGGCCUGGUGUAGAAGGGGAACCGGGUGCCAUUGGAGAACCAGGGUUAAAGGGUGAUGCCGGGCCUCCAGGAGAUGAAGGGGAGCAGGGACAAGAAGGAAUUAGAGGUCCUCCUGGUCCACCUGGUGAAGACGGUCCUCAAGGGAAAGACGGUCCCAAGGGUGAGCCUGGUGAGCGGGGACCAGUCGGAGAGCCAGGGGACAAAGGGCUAGAAGGAGACAAAGGACCCCCAGGACCACCUGGACAAGCUGGGAAACAGGGCUUCCGGGGACCAGAAGGAAAAGCAGGACCCACAGGGAACCGGGGACGGAGUGGAAAGAAGGGUGAGAGGGGCCCUCCCGGUGUCGUUGGUGAGCCUGGUGAUCGUGGAGGCAAUGGCCUGCCAGGCGAGGCGGCUCCGAAAGGGACAAGAGGAACUCGAGGGCCUCCAGGUCAGCCUGGCGUCAUGGGCAUGGAGGGGCAACCAGGAUUGGCAGGAUACACAGGUCAUGCUGGAAAACUAGGGCCUAUUGGACCCCCUGGGCCAAAGGGUGAAAAGGGUUAUCCAGGCGAGGACAAUAAGACCCCAGGACUACCAGGGCCCUUAGGUGAACCAGGGCCACCAGGACAGCAGGGCGAUUGUGGCGAGCCAGGAGAUGAAGGGUAUCAGGGACAUAUUGGUACCACUGGAUCUCGCGGGGCCGUUGGAUCACCAGGCCUACCUGGAUCACCAGGCAUACCUGGAAAUCCAGGUUCGAAAGGCGAGAUGGGCACUCCGGGUCCAGCAGGGAAAAAAGGAGCAAGGGGGUUGACUGGAGCUCCUGGAGUUGAAGGUCCAUAUGGUUUACCUGGACCCAAAGGCUUGAAGGGCUACAGCGGACCGGAUGGUCCCCCAGGGCUGACUGGCUUGCCAGGAUUACCUGGAAAACAAGGGCGGCAGGGUCACCGAGGCUUGGUUGGGCCAGUAGGACCUGCUGGACGUCCAGGUCCAAGGGGGAGUAUUGGACAUCCAGGACCAUCUGGAGAAAUUGGAGCACCUGGUCAGAAGGGUGACCUGGGCCUACCAGGAGACAGGGGAUUGCCAGGACUCAAAGGCAUGGAGGGGGCGACAGGUGACCAAGGCAGGAAGGGUGAGACAGGAAGCAAAGGACAACCAGGGGAACCAGGCAAUGCAGGGAUGGUUGGUUUGCAGGGUUUUCCAGGUCCAAAGGGCCCAAAUGGGGAUGUUGGACUGAAAGGUUUCCUUGGGCCCAAAGGCCCUAUGGGUACUAUGGGAUUCGCCGGACCAGUAGGGCCUGAAGGAAAAAUGGGCCCAAUGGGAAAACCUGGGCCCCGAGGUCCAAGGGGAAGCAGUGGUGAAAUGGGACCCCAAGGACCACAUGGAAGCCCAGGACCCAGAGGACCCCCUGGUGCUCCAGGUCCUACUAGGCAGCUAUAUGAGGACUCGGCAUUCUACAGCCUCUCUGACUCUAACGCUGCUCCAGGGAAAGAGCAUUUCCAAAACGCUGAAGUGAGCCUUCCAGACCAGAAUUCUGAGAUUUUUAAGACUUUGAAUUACCUGAGCAGUGUGAUCGAGAGCAUCAAAAAGCCUCUGGGAACCAGAGAGAACCCCUCUCGUGUCUGUAAAGACUUGGUGGAUUGUCAUCACAAGCUAAAAGACGGAUGGUUCUGGAUUGAUCCAAACCUUGGCUGCACUUCAGAUGCUUUCCAGGUUUUUUGCAACUUCACUGCAGGGGGUCAGACCUGUUUACAUCCACUGGCUUCUAAUAAGAUGGUGUUUGGUGUAGGGAAAGUCCAAAUGAAGUUUCUCCACUUACUGAGUACUGAGGCCAGCCAUAGCAUCACACUCCACUGCCUAACGGAUCUUUCCAACAGCACCGCAGACGGCUUCAGCUCUCCUGGCCACAUGCAUAAAGAGAGCGCCAAUCUUCGGUUUCAAGGCUGGAACAAUCAAAUGUUUGAGACAGACACGCUACUUGAACCAUAUGUGCUACAAGAUGAGUGCAAGAUCCAAGAUGGCAGCUGGCACCAGUCACGUUUCUUCUUCCAUACUCAGGAGAGUCACCAGCUACCUAUUGUAGACAUAAAGGAAAUCGCAGCACCACAUCCUCAUGUUCAGCAGCACAUAGAAGUUGGUCCUGUCUGCUUUUUUUGAAGUUAACAUCGUCAUUCUCUGCCUUGUUCACAUGAACUAUUCAUUAAUAGGCUGGCUCACUAAAUGUCUUCCUACCGAGAAGACGUUUUUGGAGAUUAGAUUUUUUUUGUGAAGACAUUUAGACCAGCGUGUGAGGAAAAAAAAUAGACAAUAUCCAUCUAGAAUCACUCAAUCUAUGUGGAACUCACAGUCCGACAAAUUAAAAUAAUGUUCAACUGUAUUAAUCAGACACAUGUAUACAAUUUGUUUUGCUUGUUUCUGUAUUAGUCAACUGGUGCUCAGGCUGGCUGUAUAUAUGGACCCAUAUUGCCUCCUAAUCACAGGGUUGGGCCUCACCAUGCAGCAGCCAAUCAUACUCUGCCAAAACCCACCUCGCCUCCCCACCACCAGACACUCGGACCCAACCUGAAGGAGUGUUCCGGGUCACUCAAUGGGAGCACUGUGUAACUAAAGGUAUAUAUGAGUGCAAUAGCAUGUGGAUUCAUUGACAUUAUUUCCAAUCAAAGGCUAUAUGGACAUUGUUUUCAUGAACUGUACGGUAAUCUUUGGUCCUACACAUUCGGACCUGUUCAUCUUGACAGAUGGUGCUCUACCUCUACCUUGCUUUCUAAAAUAGUUGCUUUUAGAUUAGUCUUUGUUUCCUUUGUGUUGUAUGUACCGGUUACAUCAAGGUUUGUUAUGUUGUAUUUGCUUGCUUUUAAUUUAUGAACCGUUAUUUAGUUUGCUACAUAGUUUUGUAGCUUUAGCUUACAUGUGGUAGGUUCUUCAGGGGAAUCCUAUCAUUGGUGCUGCAACAAAGAAUGAGUCAUCAGUAGGUUUUUGCAUUUCCUGUGUAUAUAUUGCCAGCAUACUUUGUUUAUUUAUAUCCUUUUUGGUUUUUUCACAUUACUGUACAACAGUAAAUAAUACUCUCAGAGAAAUAUUUGUCCGACCACACUAAUGGAAGUACAGUAUUUAUGUUUCGGUGGUGUUCACGCCUGCAACUGUAUGUUCAUCACACUGUUACUUCAGUUGGAUCAGAGGUAGCUCAGUGGACUGGCAGCUACAGUGAGCCGGAGUCAGAAUUCUUUAAAAACAUAGUCAUCAUAUCCUUAAGUUAUAUUACUUUGAGCAAAGUAUGAUCAUAUACAUUCUCUGGAUCAAAGAAAUGGAUGCAUCUGUGUAAAUAAUAAAUAUGAUGACAA